GGUAAAGCCAUGGAGGAUUCCACUUCUUUGUUCUUGGACGAUGUCAGGAGGAGGAAGUGCCACGCCCACAAGCCAUGAGGUGCCUCAGAUAUAAGCCACAAACACUCAUGUCCCUCUUCGAUGACAACGUUCAAGUUAGGAGUCCAAAAACCAACACAACUGUGCAGACAUAUGCAUUUCUGGACCCGGGCAGCACAGCAACAUUCUGCACAGAAAGUCUGGCCAGAAGGCUGCAACUGAAGGGCAAGAGAACAAGCAUUCAGCUGCAAACGAUGGGUCAUAAAGACAUUGUGAGUACAAACAUCAUCUCUGGACUGCAAGUAGCAGCGUUUAAUAAAAAUGAUUUCAUUCAGCUUCCAGAUGUCAUGACACAAAAACGAAUGCCUGUUUCAAAGCGAAAUGUUCCACAACAGGAGGACAUUAACCAGUGGCCAUACCUGCAAAGUAUCAAGCUCCACAACUUAGAUGCUGAUGUAGAUUUACUCAUUGGCACAGACGCACCUAAAGUAAUGGAGCCGUGGGAGCUGAUAAACAGCCAGGAUGAUGGCCCAUAUGCAGUUUGGACUCGAGUUGGAUGGGUCAUCAAUGGACCACUUAGGAGUGAAAGGAGAAAGACAGACUGUCAUGCUUUCACCGCAAACAGGAUUUCUGUACAAAAUCUGGAAACAAUGUUGAUUGAACAAUAUAAUCAUGAUUUCAAUGAAAAAACAUCCCAAGAACAGAUUGAAAUGUCCAGAGAAGAUAUCAAGUUUAUGGAUAUCAUGAACAAUACAGCACAUUUAAUCAAUGGACAUUAUUGCAUUGAUUUGCCUUUUAAGGCUGAAAAUUCCACCUUGCCAGUGAACCGCUGUAUUGCAGAGCAACGUCUUCAAAGCCUUAAAAGGAAGUUUGAUAAGAGCAUCACCUUCAAGAAAGACUACAUUGCAUUUAUGGAUGACAUGAUAUGUAAUGGAUAUGCUGAAGUUGUUCCAAGUGAUCGCUUAGUGGGCAGUGAGGGAAAAGUGUGGUAUAUACCCCACCAUGGUGUUUAUCACCCCAGAAAAGGCAAACUACGAGUUGUUUUUGAUUGUGCUGCAACAUUCAAGGGGACCUCACUGAAUUGCCAGCUGUUACAAGGACCAGAUCUGACCAACUCAGUUGUGGAAGUCCUUGUGCGCUUUAGACAAGAGCCAAUUGCCAUUAUGGCAGAUAUUCAAGCCAUGUUUCACCAGGUCUAUGUUCCAGAGAAACAUAGAGACUUUCUUCGCUUCCUCUGGUGGCCCAAUGGUAACACAUCACAAGUUCCACAAGAAUAUCGAAUGACAGUGCAUCUGUUUGGAGCAGUGUCCUCGCCGAGCUGUGCAAAUUAUGCAUUAAGAAGAACAGCAGAAGAUAAUGCUCAGCAAUUUCCAGUCGAAGUGGUCAGUACAAUUAAGCAUAAUUUCUAUGUGGAUGAUUGCCUGAAAUCUUUGCCUACAGCUGAUGAAGCAUCAAGAGGGAUGAAAGCGGAAGACUUUAUGGAGCAAAGUAAAUGGAUUAAUGGUCCUAAGUUCCUGCUUGAGUCUGAAGAUAAAUGGCCUAAACUGGAAGUAAGGUAUGACUCUCUUCCUGCUGAUGAUUCUGAAAUAAAAAAGAAUGUGACUAUCAACGCUGUUGUUGAGAAGAUUAAAUGCCCUACCAGUGUUUUCAUCUCCUAUUUCUCAUCUUGGGCAAAGCUAAAGACAUCUGUAGCUUGGGUUUUAAAGCUCAAAAAACUCCUUAUUUUGUUGUCUCAAAAAAGACAAGAGUUUUCUGCCAUGUUACAGCAGUCAGCAGAAGAUGGAAACACCAAGCAGGAAAAGGUGUCACAAAAGAUGCAGCAAUUUAAAGCUAGGCUGAAGAAGCAGUGUUUGACAUCUGAAGAUCUGGCUAAAGAUGAGCAUUUCAUUAUUCAGUUUGAACAACAUCGCAGGUUUGGUCCAGAGAUCACCUAA